AUGCUACUGAAUUUUCUACUGUUCAACUGGUUGGAGAGCAGCGUUCAAGACACUGAUUCGAUUGAAUGCGAGUUUACCGCACAUGUCAUCAAUUCCAAUACGAUAGCGGCACUUGAAAACAGAAGCUGCAACUCUAUUGUUGGGUCGAUUCGAAUAGAUGAGACAUCUGAUGUGACAUACGAGCAGUUGGCUGGUGCGUUCUACGAUGUCGGCACGGUCGAUGGCGCGGUGGAAGUCGUGAACACGACAUACACAACUCUCAGCUUCUUCCGG